UGAGUGCGCAGAAAGGCCUUCCUGUUUUCCGGAAUAAUCAGGUGACUUAAUGCUGCUAUGACAAGAUCUCAAGAAUUGGACUAAUGGCAAAUAUGAAUACUUGCAAGCUCUAAAAAAAUAAUACUAUAUAUUUUCCUGAAAACAUCCUAUUGGUUUCUUAUUCAGUUCAACAAGCCAACUGGUCGGAGAAGCACUGUAAACAUGUCAGAGUUCUGGUUGAUCUCGGCUCCUGGCGAGAAGACAUGCCAGCAGACCUGGGACCACAUGAUGGUGGCCACUACUCGCACCAACAACCUGUCCACCAACCACAAGUUCAACAUCCCCGAUCUCAAGGUUGGGACUCUGGACGUCUUGGUUGGGCUGUCGGAUGAGCUGGCCAAACUAGACGGCUUUGUUGAAAGUGUGCUGAAGAAGGUGGCUCAGUACAUGGCCGACGUGCUGGAGGACAGCCGAGACAAAGUCCAGGAGAACCUGCUGGCCAAUGGAGUGGACCUUGUCACCUACAUCACACGGUUUCAGUGGGACAUGGCCAAGUAUCCCAUCAAACAGUCCCUGAAAAACAUCUCAGAGAUCAUCUCCAAGCAAGUGAGUCAGAUUGACAACGAUCUGAAGGCCAGGGCAUCAGCCUACAACAACCUGAAGGGAAACCUGCAGAACCUCGAGAGGAAGAAUGCGGGGAGCCUGCUGACCAGAAGCCUGGCAGACAUCGUUAAAAAGGAAGACUUUGUAAUUGACUCAGAGUACCUCAUCACUAUGCUGGUGGUGGUUCCGAAGACUGGAUAUGCUGACUGGCAGAAAACGUAUGAAACACUUGCUGAGAUGGUCGUUCCGCGAUCCACAAAUCUGCUGUUUGAGGACCAGGAAAGCGGUCUGUUCAGUGUGACCCUCUUUAGAAAGGCCCUCGAUGACUUCAGACACAAGGCCAGGGAAAACAAGUUCACCAUGAGGGACUUCCAGUACAACGAAGAAGAGCUGAAGGCUGACAAAGAGGAGAUGACGCGUCUCUCCACAGACAAGAAGAAGCAGUUUGGCCCUCUAGUGCGCUGGCUGAAGGUGAACUUCAGUGAGGCCUUCAUCGCAUGGGUCCACAUCAAAGCACUACGGGUCUUCGUCGAGUCCGUCUUGAGGUACGGCCUACCGGUCAACUUCCAGGCCAUGCUCCUCCAGCCCACUAAGAAGACGAUGAAGAAGCUAAGGGAGGUGCUGAAUGAGCUCUACAAGCACCUGGACAGCAGUGCCGCCGGCAUCAUCGAUUCGGCGAUGGACAUUCCCGGCCUUAACUUGAGCCAGCAGGAGUACUACCCCUACGUUUACUACAAGAUUGACUGCAACCUAUUGGACUUCAAACUGUAACACAGUCUAUGUUAUGUAGUCGGUACGUUGAGUGCACAUCUCAAACCUGUUAACCAUAUUUCUAAAAAUCCAUAUAUAUAUAUAUAUAAAUAUAUAUAUCCCCCAACAACUCCCCCUUCAUCCUUGUCAUUGGGCUCUGUGUGUGCUUUCAGUCCCUCCUCCUUCAUCUUUUAGUCUAACGUGUAAAACUCUGGGCAUGCUCUUUCACUGUGGUGGAAGACCCGUAAACAAAAUGGCUGCCACUUUGACACAUAAGAUAAUAAUGAAACCUGAAUAUCUUGUUUUAUGACUUGGUUGUUGUUAAUUCCAUCGUGACCUGACAUGUAUUAAGAACCACUUGUGGAUUUCAUUUUGCUUCAGAUGACGAGUUGUGUUUUUACAUUUACAUUCAUUCCUCUUUUGUGUUUGUGCUUAUCGAUAGCUGCUUGUUCCAAGUUGAUAUUCCGGAGAUUUCUAUUUGUGUGUGUGUGUGUGUGUGUGUUUGUGUGCGUGUGUGUGAUGCAUCUGGUAUGUGUUUCUGCCUGCCAUGGCAAACAUUUAUGGAAAAAAAAAGAUGUGGUACCCAUGUUCUGUAUAUUUGAUCUAUAGAUCUAUUGUGAAAGUAUUGUGUUUGCCAUUGAUUGUACAUGAAUAAAUAUGAAGAUUACCCA